CAUAUUGCAGAUUGAGCUCGCGAAUAGGUGCAGUUAAUAAUUUCUGCCCUAGUUAGGCCUGGAAUUUUUCGAACUGCGUUGGAAUGCUCGUUUCUAAAAGCAUAGGUGGGAGCCUUAUGCAGUAGUUUUCCACUUUAUUUUUGAUGUGGCUAAAAUUCCAUAGUUCGGGCAGUUAACUGCAAUGUGGGAAAUUCCAUUAGCAUUUAAAAUGAUGCUGUAAUUUCAAAAUUCUAAAGUGACCCCUAAACACGUUCUAGGAAGGGAAGACAGAAAGUAAUCCACUAGAGAUAUAAUUCAUAAUGAUUUGCAGCUACUCUGUCUUCUAUGGUUGUUUUUUUUCCUAACAGAUUGUAAAAAUUACACCUAAUAACCUUACAUUUUGUACUUCUUCCUGACACUUAACCCAGUGUGCCUAGAAAUCAUACAGGGCAAAAGUCAAAACCUCCACAGUUACUUCUGCAGGAAUCCUUUGAAGUAUCUAAUAAAGAAAUUAAAUUUGAAAACUUCUUGACUUCAUCUCCUUCUAGCAAAAUAUUGGACUUCUAAACCACAAGUAACAGUACUAUAUUUUUUAAUCCAGUGCUUCUAAUUCUGUUGGGUUUGGGGUUUUUUACCUAAAGUGCUGAAAUCUAAAACUUUUCAAGAUUUUAUCUUGCUUGUUGGCGUUGUGAAGUUGUUUUAGCAUUAAAGAAUCCUAAAACUCUAAAACAUGUGUUUUUAUAUUUAGUGUAUAGAAAAUGCAGUGACUGCACGCAUCUCCCUGUGACCUAACAAGUACAUUUAAAUGAACCUCAAUAGUGACCACCUGAAGUCCUGCUGUUUCAGAGCAAAUAGUUCCCAGGUUCUGUAAGCGGAGGAGCCCUUUGCUAGCAUCAGGCUAUGAGUUGCUAUGUAAGAUGAACUGUAGGCGUUUACUUGCCCGUCUGUCUGAAUUUGCCUCAUCCUACCUCGGUGGAUGGCUUGGCCUCUGGGAUAGCUCAAGGCUCUUGGAUGACCACACUUUAUGCAAAAUCCAGAAUCUUCCUGCCUGGACUCCUCUCUGUUUUCUAAGGGUUCAUGUUGGGGAGAGGCCUAAAGCGCAAGCUGAGUGACUAUGAGGAGAGCAUGGCUGGUCUCUCGAGUGCCUUUGACUCCAGCCGAGGUCUGUCCUACCCCCUCAAGAGGCAGCUGGUGCUCAACAUGUGCCUCACCAAGCUACAGACGUACAAAAUGCUGGUGGAGCCCAACCUGCACCGCUCCGUGCUCAUCGCCAACACCGUGCGCCAGAUCCAGGAGGAGAUGAGGCAGGAGAGCAGCCAGCAGCCAGUGAGCAUCUGCCCUGGCAUUGCUCCUGCUGCUCACAGCUACCCAGGGAUGGAGGCCCCUGGCAUCUCCCUGCAGCUGCCCGCAGGUGUUGGUCAGCAGGAGUCCCACUGCUGUGAGCUGCGCUCCGUGGAGGACCCCAUUGAGAGCAGCCUGCUCAUCGUGUCAGAUGAUGACAUGUCAUCUGCUAUUUCAUCUAUUCUGAAGGAUUUGGACUUUGUAGAAGAUAUCAGCCCACCUACUUGUCUGGUUCCUACUGGAGACGACCAGCCAAAGUUUCCAGAAAAUACUGGUCUGAAACUAGAAGAUGACAGGCAGGAUUUGAAGGGAGCUGAGUGUGUGUUUGGUUCCUUUGAGAUUUCAAAUUCAACCAGUUACUUGAAGGAUUUGGCAAUAGAUGACAUUUUUGAAGAUAUUGACACUUCAAUGUAUGACUCAGACUUUUGCUGCCCUCCCCUGAUGCCGCCCAGAUCACCAUCUCUUGCUACAGAAGAACCAUUGAAAACCUUCCCAUCUUGUAAUUCUUCUUCAGCAAACAACAUUCAGAUAUGCAGAACAGAUCUGAGUGAGUUGGACCACAUCAUGGAAAUUCUCGUUGGAUCCUGAUACUUGUUUUACCCAAAGAUACUUUUAGACUGCCACUUGCAUUUGGUUUCAGGAUAAAAGCCACUGGAAUAGUUGUAAAGAAUUCUUUUAAAAGCAAACUAAAUAAUAAUUUGUCCAUAGUAGAAUUUUCUAAAUAAUUCCAAAACUCAUAAACCAAAAAAGUGGCAGAUUUUAAAAAAGAAAAAAUUAUUUAUCAGAACUGUGCAAUCAUCAUUUUCCUUCCAGGGUGUAUGUGGAACAAUGGGCACAUACCCUCAUCACCCCUCAUGCCUCUUUCAAUAAACUUUUUUAUGUGCAAUUUUUAAUUUGACAGAAGAAUUUACAUGCAAAGCAAAUUUCAUAUGAGGUGAUCUUUUACAAAGCCUCCACUUUAUUUUUAAUAUCAGAGUCUAUGCCAAGCUGGCAUCUGUCAAGUUGCAGAGUUAGAUUGUGUGGAUUGCAGACACGUUCUUAGAGAUGGGUAUAUUUUAAAAAUGAGACACGCUUUGCUUUCUUUUGGUCAGAAAAGCAGAUCAAGACACUUACCAACAAAGUCUCUUGCAUUUUCUAAAGCAUUCAGAACUAUUUAUUUUUGUAAAUUUUAUAGUCUUUCUACAUUUUACUACGUUAUUUCAUCAUAGUUCAAAUAUAAUGGACUUCUAGUUGGAUGUGUUUAGCACUACCUCUGAGCUGAAAUGCUUUAACUCUUUCCAGUGCUUCAUCUGAGACUGCAGAUCUUUUUGUUUCUGUUUCUUUCUGGGGGAAAGUACUUCUAACUCAUUAAGUUGAUCCUUUGACAGUGACCUAGCUGAUUUGUGAAAUCAAGGGUAUUCAAUGUUUAAAAACUUUUAAGUAUUUACAAAUUAAUUUAUAUGUAGAUUGUGCAAUUUAACAUUUUUCUGUCAGUAUUAUGUGCUUAGAUUUUGAAUAAUCUUGGCGUUCUUUAAAUUAAAAUUUACUAUGUACAGGUAGCUUUUUAUUCUCUUUUGGAAAACACUGUCCUUCAACCCUGCUUUCACUACAGAUUUUAAGAUGAUUUUUUUAUGUGCAAUAUUAUUUAAAGAGAUACACAUUUUUAUACCUGGCAUUGGUGGGAAGAAACGCUUCAAACUUAAAACCUCUAGCACCUUUGGAGGAUACUCACUCAGCCAACAUUUCUGCAUCCUUUGAGAAGCCAAGCUGAGAGCACUGAGAACACAUCACCCUGUGCUGGGACAGC